CCUUAUCGCCGUUCACACUCGAGACUACUUGAGGUCUCGUUGGGAGAGUGUACCGGUUCAAUUCCCACCGCGCCCAUAACCUUACACGAGCACCUCAUUACACCCCGUCAACAAGCGUGCACUGCCUAAUCAGUCGCUUCACCGCGCAUAGCGCGACUUUUUAACAGUUUUCCAGUUGUUGACCUUGAGAAUCGCCACGUGAACAUGAGCGACCCCCAAACAACAGGCCACUUGUUGGCCAGACUGCCAGGGGAUUGCUGCGCGAAAGGUUGCAUUCACAAGGGUAACCCGCGAGGAACCUACGAGACCGUCGCUGGCGUGGAGACAUAUGUUGUGCAACCCCCGGCCGGAAGCUCUAACGGGCAUAUUGUUCUGUACUUUGCCGACAUAUUCGGUCUAUAUACGAAUGGCCUGCUGGUCAUGGACAGCUUUGCAGACGCAGGCUACCUUGUCCUCGGACUUGACUACUUCAACGGUGACCCAAUCUGGAAGCACAAACCUCCAGUAGAGAGCGGCAAGGGCCACAGCUACGACUUUCGGGACUGGAUCGAGCCCAACUUCGACUUCCACGGCUGGCUCAACAAGCACAUUGCCUUUGCGGAUGAGGCCGUGCCCAGGUGGACAGCCGCCGUCAAGGAGAUUUACGGCCAGGCCGACACCAAGUACGCGUGCGUCGGGUAUUGCUUCGGAGCUCCGUACGUGUGCGACCUGCUUGCUAGGGACGUCGUAUCGGCUGGGGCCGUUGCCCACCCGGCGUCUCUCAGUGAUCACCAUUUCGCCAACAUCAAGCGACCCUUGUUCCUCUCUUGCGCGCAGGUGGACUACACCUUUCCACAGGACUCACGCCGCAAGGCGCUCGAUAUCCUAAGCGAGGGCAAGAAGACUUGGGAGCUGCAGCUCUUCACCAACGUCGAGCACGGGUUCGCGCUCCGCAGCGACCUGGACGAUCCGUACCAGCGCUAUGUCAAGGACGCGAGCUUUCGUGGCAUUGUCCACUGGUUCGAUACGUGGCUUUCGCAGUGACGGAUGGUGGGCAGACUGCUGCCACGGGCAUGUGAGGGUCUCGGCAUGGUGAAAGCGAGACGCGCAAACAAAUUGAGUAAUCGACAUCCGGCCGUCUUUCGCUUUGGCGUACUUCGUACCAGCUUGACAACAACGUAUGGUAUGGUACUCCCUAAAGGCCGACGUAAUUGCCCACAAAUUGCCGACGUGGUGAUUAUCUGCGAAGCCAAACGAAGUU